AUGUCUGCUCCAUGGCCUUUUGCAGCUUGGGGGAUGGAUGUGAUUGGGCCAAUUGAGCCGAAAGCGUCCAAUGGGCAUAGGUUCAUUUUGGUGGCCAUCGAUUACUUUACAAAGUGGGUGGAAGCAGUAACUCUCAAAUCGGUGACUAAAAAAGCCGUGGUGGAUUUCGUUCAUUCCAACAUCAUUUGCAGGUUCGGGAUCCCGAGGACAAUGAUUACAGAUAAUGCGGCGAAUCUCAACAGUCAUCUGAUGCGUGAGGUAUGUCAGCAGUUUAAGAUUACACAUCGGAAUUCAACUCCAUAUCGUCCGAAGGCAAAUGGGGCUGUGGAAGCUACUAAUAAGAAUAUUAAAAAGAUACUCCGCAAAAUGGUGCAAGGUUCGAGACAAUGGCAUGAAAAGUUGCCUUUUGCUUUAUUGGGUUAUCGCACAACCGUUCGCACUUCAGUAGGUGCAACUCCUUAUUUGUUGGUAUACAGGACCGAAGCGGUUAUACCUGCAGAAGUUGAAAUUCCGUCCCUUCGAAUCAUUGAGGAAACUGGAAUUGAUGAUGAUAAGUGGGUCAAAACCCGUUUAGAGCAAUUGAGUCUGAUUGACGAAAAGAGAUUAACAUCGGUAUGUCAUGGUCAACUGUAUCAAAGGAGGAUAGCACGAGCACACAACAAAAAGGUGCGUCCCAGACAUUUCGAAGUGGGUCAAUUAGUGUUAAAGCAGAUUCUUCCACAUCAGGCCGAGGCCAAAGGCAAGUUCGCCCCAAAUUGGCAGGGGCCAUUCGUGGUGAAGAAGGUUUUGCCCAAUGGUGCUUUGUAUCUGACAGACAUAGAAGGCACAAUGUCUGAAACUGCCAUCAAUGCAGAUGCAGUGAAAAGAUAUUAUGUAUGA